AAGCAUAUGGCAGGUGCUGCCCCCAGGCCUGACAGCCAAAAGGCCAGUGGAGCCCAUCUCCGGCAGGGCUGGGCAGGAAGUGGGGCGGGGUCUAGGGUGGGAUCUUUACCCCAGGACUGCUGCAACCCAGACAAACCAACCCACCGGGAGAAGAUGGCUGGGGAUCCGGGCGUCCUCCAAGGUCUGCAGGCCACCAUCUUCCUCUUCUUGCUGUCUGCUGCCUGCCUGGGUCCUGGGUGCCAGGCCCUGUGGGUGGACAGGGGCCCACCAUCGGUGACGGUGAGCGUAGGGGAUAAGGUCCACCUCCCUUGCCAGUACACUGACAACAAAACCAAAGUCAAUGUCACAUGGUGGCGCAUCAUCCAAGGCAACCAUAUGUGGCCCCCUGAGUACAUAGGUUCUGCCAACGACUCCAAUAGUGAGCUGACCAUCGAGAAUGUGAACAAGAGUCAUGGGGGCAUGUACAGGUGCCAGGUCCAGGAACAAGGCAAACCACACCGGUACUCCUGUGGCACCUACCUCCGCGUCCGUGAGCCGCCCCCUAGACCUUUCCUGGACAUGGGGGAGGGCACCAAGAACCGCAUCAUCACAGCGGAGGGCAUCAUCCUUCUGUUCUGCGCAGUGGUGCCUGGGACAUUGCUUCUGUUCAGGAAACGAUGGCAGAACGAGAAGUUCGGGGUAGAUGCCCAGGAUGAUUAUGAAGAUGAAAAUCUCUAUGAGGGCCUGAACUUGGACGACUGCUCCAUGUAUGAGGACAUCUCCAGGGGCCUCCAAGGCACCUACCAGGAUGUGGGCAGCCUCCACGUUGGAGAUGUCCAGCUGGAGAAGCCGUGACACCCCCACUCCCACCAGACUGCCCCUGCCUGCUGCACACCAAAUCCAGGUCUCUCCUCACUGUGCAGUCUUCUUUCAUUUUCCACCCUGGGGUAUCCUCUCUCUCUUUUUUUUUUUUUUUGGAGACAGAGUCUCAAGCUGUUGCCCUGGGUAGAGUGCGGUGGUGUCAUAGCUCACAGCAACCUACAACUCUUGGGCUUAAGCAAUCCUCUUGCCUCAGUUUUUCUAUUCUUAGUAGAGACAGGGUCCUGCUUUUGCUCAGGCUGGUCUCGAAUUUGUAAGCUCAAGCAAUCCACCCGCCUCGGCCUCCCAGAGUGUUGGGAUUCCAGGCCUGAAGCCCACCCAGGUACCCUCUCUGUUCUCCCCUCCAAACCUCCUCGGACUCCUCUGAGGUGUCCUACUCUUCUCCCUCUAGACUGUCCCAUCCUCCCCACCCCCAAAUGCAGUUCUCCCCCUGCUGCCUUUCCCAGGCUCCCUCCCCUGCGGGUAAUGAGCCUUAAUAGCUGCCUCUGGGGGAGCUGAUUAUAACAGCCUCGUUAGUGUCACCCCCUCCUCCCUGAUCUGUCAUGGCCACUUAGUGAUAAUAAAUCCUUCCCAACUGCA